AUGAAGCCUGAAAAUUUCGUUCAAGAAGCAAGAUUGAUUUUGGCUUCAGGGCAUUUCAAUUUGAGAUGUUGGCGAUCAAAUUUUCGCAUUGACAUGAUCGAUGAGAUAGAGAGCAAGACGAAAGUUGUCCCAGUAUUAGGAUUAGUAUGGGAUUUAGAAAAAGAUAGUUUGAGUUGCAAGAUCGAAGAAACAUUUAACUUGAGGGAACCUAUUACCAAAAGAAAAGUUUUGUCAAUUACCCAGAAAAUUUUUGAUCCCAUUGGCUUUACUGCACCGAUAACUGUAAUUCCUAAGCUAAUUUUGCAAGAAACAUGGAACCAGAAGAUUAAGUGGGAUGAAGAUCUUCCUCUUCCCCUAAGUGAGCAGUUUGGGACUUGGUUGAACCAAUUGCCUCUGCUAUCUCAGAUUGAAAUUCCUCGUUGGUUAAAUAUUGAUUACGAAAACGAAGAUACCGUAGUGCUCCACGUUUUUUCGGAUGCUAGUAAAAGAGCCUAUGCCACAUGUGCAUUUUUAAGAGCUGAAACCAUCGAAGGUGUAAAGGUUCAGUUAGUAAGCGCGAGAAGUCGAAUAGCCCCUAUUAAGGAACUUACGAUUCCACGGCUUGAACUUCUUUCCUGUCUGAUAGGUGCCAGGCUUGCCAAAACAAUUCUAUCAGAUUUGAAACUUAAGAAUUGUAGAACAGUGUUCUGGAGUGAUUCUUCUACAGCUUUGGGGUGGAUAAGAAGGGAUCAAGCAUGGGGUACGUUUGUUCACAAUCGAGUACAAGAAAUAAGAUCGCUUACCAGAAUAUCUGACUGGAGGCAUGUACCUGGAAGUUUAAACCCAGCGGAUCUCCCAUCGAGAGGAUGUACUAUUGAGCAAUUACAGAAAUCGGCAUGGUGGGAGGGCCCAUCGUGGCUUUACUUACCAGAAGACGAGUGGCCCCAUGUAGAAGAAAAGCCUGAUGAAGAACUUAUAAACAAGGAAAAAAGGAAAACGAUUCUGACUCUUCUAGAUCAUGGAGACAAUUUGGACCGGUACUACAAAUACUUCUCUUCAUAUAGAAAAACCGUGAGAAUGAUCGCUUGGAUUUUCAGGUUUUAUCACAAUUUAAAGAACAAAGAUAAAAACCUAAACCCUGAUGUCUCAGUUGAUGAAUUUGAGAAUGCUGAAGAGACACUUUGUGGAUUGGUACAGAAAGAAUCAUUUACAGGUAUAAAACAUCCCACUAAUCGUGCGUUGAGACCAAUCAUAGACCAAAAUGGAAUUAUCAGAGUCAAAACGAACGUCCUACAGAGUCAAGAUGAUGAAAAUUUCCGAUAUCCAAUCAUUUUUUCUUCAAGACAUCUUCCUGUUCAGAGACUAAUUUAG